AUGGCCCUCGGGAAGCGCAACCAAAUUGCGUAUUUAAUUGGUGUGUUCCACUUGCAAUUGAAAACCAAAACAUGUGAAAUGGCUGCUGUUAACUUGUCAAAAAACAAAAAGUCGAAACGUCCCAAUACAGACGAUUCAGACAAAGAGUGGAUGCCUUCAAGUGGGAGUGAUGAGUCUCAUAGAAAAAAACUGAAAAAUUCAGAUGUAGUCAUGAAGAGCGGCUUUCAAAGAGUGUGGAGCGAAGAGGAUGAGAUAACUAUCCUUGAAAGGUAUCUCAAUUAUUCAUCCCUCAAUUGCGCCAACCCUUCAUCAGAUUAUGAUGCAUUCGUUACUUUUGUAAAGGACGGAUUGCAGGAAGAGACGAGUAAAACUCAGUUACAAGAUAAACUCACAAGGUUGAGAAGGAAAUAUAAGAAAAACGUUGACAAAAGGAGCUUUUCCAAACCUCACCAGGAGAAGUUAUUCAAACUGUCAAAGAGAAUUUGGGGACAAGUGAAACCGGACAAAACUAUUGGAAUAAUGUGUUCAGAUUUGGUUUUAGGUGGAGGUAGUGCUGCUGACUUAGAGGAUUGGUUCAGAAGAAAUCCACUUCAGUUAAUUAGCGAAAAGGACAGGGAAGAAAUGCUGGAGAAGUCGCAAUCUGUAAAGAUUGGUAAGGCUCGACAGUAUUUGUCAGAAAUACAAGUGAUGGAGGUACAGGCAAAGCUGGCCAUCCAUGCUCUCCAUUCCAUUCUCACAUGAUUUAUCAUUCCCUUUUUGCUUUGCCCUUAUCCUCUUCUCCCAGAGAGAGAGAGAGAGCUAAUUAAGUAUUUUCAGUAACAUGCUCAUAUCUGCUCAUUUUUUGCCUGUCUAGUACUUGUUCUAAAUUUCAGCUUUUUGGUGUUUUAUAUGGCUCAACUGUUUCAAGAUGA